UGGGUAGAGGCAGCAGCGGCAGCCGAGGGAACUGCGCGGCCUCGACUCCGCUACCCUCUCUGGGCGGGCGUGCAAAGCAGCUCCGUCUGGCAGCCCCAGGUCGCUUAGCGGCGGCCUAAUUGACGCUCGUGCUUUUCCCCUGCAGAGCCCCGGAGACCGGAAGACAGAAUCCACAGCUGUCGACGGCGGAGCAUCCGCUGCCCACCAGCGGAGCACAGGCGGUCAAAGCUGAAAAUCCGAACUUGAAUUCUGCGUGGCCUAUUGCAGAGCUGGCUUGACUACCUAAGGACCCAGAUCAUCGGGCCCCGGUGGACAGAGGCCCACCACAUCCCCAGAUGAGCCUUCUCACCUAGGGCACCAUUCUGGAGGCUGCAAGUGAAAAAAAAAAAAAAAGGCGCACGCUGGUUCCUGAGCUUAUUCCCUGUUGAAAUACAAGGAAGACAGAGCCAGGGACGUUGUUUUUGGGAUUCCUCCUGCAGAUUAGGCUUUUUUGAAAAGCCUGAGCAUCUUGUAUUCAGAUAGGCGAUCACUGUCAGUCAUGGCUAGCAUCAUUGCACGUGUGGGUAACAACAGGAGGGGGAACGCACCCUUACCGCCUUGGAUCCGUACCAUGCUGAGGUCCCUGGGGAGGAGUCUUGGUCCUUUACUGGCCAGCAUGGCAGAGAGAAACAUGAAGUUGUUCUCAGGGACGGUGGUGCCAGCGCAGGGGGAAGAAACCUUUGAAAACUGGCUGAUCCAAGUCAGUGGUGUCCUGCCAGAUUGGAAUAUGGCUGAAGGGGAAAAGCUCAAGCGCUUGAUGAAAACCCUUAGGGGCCCUGCCCGGGAGGUCAUGCGAUUACUGCAGGCAGCCAACCCCAAUCUAAGUGUGGUGGAUUUCUUGCGGGCGAUGAAAUUGGUGUUUGGGGAGUCUGAAAGCAGUGUGACUGCCCAUGGUAAUUUUUUUUUUAACACCCUGCAGGCGCAAGGGGAGAAAGCCUCCCUUUAUGUGAUCCGUUUAGAGGUGCAGCUCCAGAAUGCUAUUCGGGCAGGGAUCAUAGCUGAGAAAGAUGCAAACCAGACCCGCCUGCACCAGCUCCUUUUAGGGGCUGAACUGAAUAGGAAUCUGCGCUUCAGGCUUAAGGAUCUUCUCAGGAUGUAUGCAAAUGAGCAGGGGCAUCUUCCCAGUUUCCUGGAGGUCAUCAGGAUGAUUAGGGAGGAAGAAGAUUGGGAUGACACUUUUAUUAAACGGAAGUGGCGCAAAAGAUCUGAGUCAAUCGUGGAGAGAGCAGCCGGCCCUGUGGCAUUUCCAGGCCCCCCACCGACAGCCAUUGGCAGUGCUGCGGGCAGCGAUAUAGAUGAUACCUUCGAUGACUCAGAUGAGGAUGUGAUCCUGGUGGAGUCCCAGGAGCCUCCACUUUCAUCCUUGGAUCCGACUCCCCCCAGAUGCAGGGCCAGACCUCAGGAUCAUGGUCUGCUUAUCGAUUCCCCCAACAGUUCCUGGGCCCAAUCUCCCUCCACCAGCAGUGGUUCUAGGUAUAACCACCUAGAUAAGCAUAGAGCCAGGAAGUGAAAACACACAAUCCACUGUUCAUAUUUUGGCAAGGAGGGCCACUCCAAAGACACCAGUGACAAUGAGAGCAACAAGGCCCAGGUGUUUGAGAAUCUGAUCAUCUCCUUGCAGGAGCUGACUCAUGCAGAGGAGGGGUCAAAAGAGGCCCCUAAUAAACACAGUGACCCCUCUGGGCCACAGUGGGUGCUAGACCCCAGCCCUAAGUGAACCAACUCUUAACUGUAUUCAGAGUCCGGUGAUGAGAAAACUGGAGAGGGGGGCUUCUAUUUGCAUGCAUUAAUCCACAAAGUGGCUUUCUUUUGGGGAAGAGAACAGGUCUUGGAUACCAACACAGCAGAAGGGAUGGCCUGAUCUCUGUUCCUGCUCCCUCCCCCACUGUUCUUGUUGUGUGUUUAUUUCCUUGAUGACUUUAUUAUCUUUGUGAAAAGAGUCUAACUCUUUUUGUUAAACAUUCAAAAAGACAAAAAUACAAAAAAACUAAAGUAAAAAUUACCUUGAACCCCUUAUGGCUAUUGUCAAACCUUUGAUGAUUGUCCCUUCUGGAUAUUCCCCUAUAUCUUCUAGAUAUAUGUAUAGGUAAAAGUGAUCAAAUGUAAGUGUUAUUCUAUACUCUGCAUUUUUUCACCAAAUAAUUUAUGUUGUGGACUUCUUUCUGUGUAAACAAAUAUAUCAGC